CAGAACAUGUCCUCGCAGCUUUGAAAUGCGGCAACUAUAAAUACACUGCUCACCAAGAGAGUCUCUAUCAUAUCACAGUCACCCCAACCACCGAUCUCACAAGAGCUCACAUCCAUUCUGAAGCACACAACAAUAUCUUAUGCCAACAUCUAUUCUACACUGCCUCAGCGCAAACAUCAUCAUGGAAUCACUUCAGAGUAAACUCGACAACCUUCAACGUGGAGUUCACGCCCUCACUCAAGACUUGAAGUCACGGGAUAUAAAUGAAUUCACUGAGCUUGUUAAUCAAAUCAUGAGAGACAUGAAGGAUAUCGCAUGUGCGUUUAAGGGCCCGAACCCCGAGGAAGUCAACGACCGAGAGACUGUCUGUGAGUACAACAAGCUUCUUCAGCUGAUGGACUUUGACGUUAAACUUGCGCACUCCAAUAUGGACCGCGACACAGCGUUUAAAUAUCCUUGGAUAACAACCAAAAACUGCGAGGAACGUCUCAAGAUCCUAGAGCUCUCCAUACAGGUUUUUGCUGAUACCGUGGUUGAUGCUGGAUAUAGCAAGAUCGCCUGUACCCCACCAUUUACAAAGCUUGCUAUAAUGUUCGAGACUAUUGUGAUUGAAUAUCUUAAGCUUCGCCAUCGCCGUACUGCCAUGCAGCUUGAUGGGGCGGUAAAGGACAAGGGUGUAGGUCGAGAUACGCAGCGCUUGAACAAGGAAGAGGUGCUGAGCUACGUGUCUCGUCCAUUCUCCAAGGAGUUCAUUACCAAUUGGCUUCGUCAAUACCACGCAAAGAGCACCCCUCGCGGCGCAAUUUAUCUCAAGGUAGCCUGGGAUGGUAACAAAGGGGCGUGGGAAGUAAAGCAAGGGCACUGGGUUGACCCUCGGGUGCCGGAAUUUGAGAAUGGUGCUAUUCAGGUCAUCAUGAUCGGACCCAAGGAGCUACUCAACUCUCCAUACAAGGCCAAAGAACAGUACGACGAGGAGAACAUCCGUCCUCCCCAUCCUCUUCUUCAGAGGUGCAAGCUUGACUUCUUGGAUCGUGAAGACGGUGUUUUGCAUUGGAGUCUUGGAGGUGUUCUUGCUUGGAGAUUCUAUGGCGAGGACUCGUGGAUGGAUCGCUUUGGCCAUGUCAUUAAUGAGUAUGAGUAA